AAAAUGGGAGAAUCGAGUGUGUGUAAAAACAAAUUGGAAGGGAAGGUAGCCAUAAUUACCGGUGGAGCAAGCGGCAUCGGUGAGGCAACUGCACGUGUCUUCUCCGAACACGGCGCACGUGCCAUUAUCAUCGCCGAUAUCCAAGACGAACUAGGCCAAAACCUAGCCUCAUCAAUCGGUUCCCACUUCUGCACCUUCAUCCACUGCGAUGUCACCGACGAAGAUCAGGUCAAAUCCAUGGUGGAAUGGACGGUCCAGAAACAUGGUCAACUGGAUAUCAUGUUCAGCAAUGCCGGAAUCGUAAACCGCUCGGAUCAGACUGUUCUCGAUCUCGAGUUUUCGGCCUUUGACCGCCUCUUCGCGGUGAACGUGCGGGGGAUGGCAGCAUGCGUGAAGCAUGCGGCGCGUGCGAUGGUGGAUCGGGGUGUGAAGGGAUGGAUCGUGUGCACGGCGAGUGUGGCGGGAAGCCACGGCAUGGGCAGGCGGACUGACUACUGCAUGUCGAAGCACGCGGUGGUAGGGCUGGUUCGGUCCGCGAGUAAGCAGCUGGGAGAGCACGGAAUAAGGGUGAACUGCGUGUCGCCGCACGGAAUUGCGACGCCGAUGAUGUGCAAAGCGCUGGAGAUGGAGGCGGAAGAGGUGGAGAAAGUGUAUGAGGCUGGCACAAGACUGAAAGGGGUGUUGAGAGCGAGACACGUGGCGGAAGCUGUUCUGUUUCUUGCUUCUGAUCAGUCCGCUUUCGUCACAGGGCACGAUCUGUCGGUGGAUGCGGGGUUCUCAACUUGAUAUCCAGGAUCCAACAUCCCACACCGAUGGUUCUCGGAUGGUGGAAAUGACCCGUCCGUUUGUUUGUGUAGUUGCCACUAGGUGCGUCCAAGACUCCAAACAGAUUAGAUCAAUCCAAAAUAUCUCUGAUGCUCGGCCACUCUUGUGAGGCAAUAAGCAUAAUUUCUCCUCUAAUUUAGUUUAAGAAAUUUGAAAAAAAAUGUUUAUUUAUUUUCCAAACGGUUGUACUUUUCUAAAAGGCCCCACAUCUAAGGACCAAGGUAGCUAUUACGCUAGGGAAGACAAAUGAGGUCAGGUCAUAUAAUUUGAGGGAUAAAGAAAGGGAGGCUAAUAAUUGUGAAAUAAUAAAGUGUUUGUAUAAAAUUGGCAGAGCUUCAGUAGAUAGAGGAUCCAAAACUUGAUUAUUUUAUUGUUGUUGACCGGUAAUGUAAGCUUGUGAGUCUUGGUCUUGAACCCACCAUUUGUCCU